AUGUUCCAGCCAGAUGGAGAAUACGGCCGCUUGGUACCUUACACCGGGCAGCUCCUCACGAGAAUGAGCGAGAACACAGAAGCACGAUUAGGGAAGCUUGUAGACCAAAACAGACAGGGAAGCACGCUGCGCGAAUCGGGUGACGGCCAAUGUGAGACGCGCUUCGCGGGCUGCGAAUGGAUGUUGGUGCAGAGUGUGGUGAUGGCGGCGGAAGAAAGCGGACUCAGCCGACCGUACUCAGGAUUACACCAGUUCCUCGUCGUGCAGCCUGGGGCUGCACAACAACACCGACUUCUGCAUGCGGGCAGCGCGCUGAGCGAGGGCAAGCGCUGCUCUUCUUGA